AUCACAUGAUAUGAAAAUAAAUAAAUAAAUAAAAAUUAGUAGGUAAUUUCGAACAUUUCCUCCCAGUUUUCCAGUGUUCUGUGCUCUUUACUUGUGAUGAUCAAAGACAACCUUGCCUAUGGUUCUUUAAGUCUUCUCUGUGUUUAUUCGGACAUGUAUGUUUAAGAAGGUUUUAGCGUGUAUUGGGAUGAAUGGUUUGUAGAGAGGAUGAGCAGGGGUUAUUAUACUUGAACCACUGGAGUAUACUGUGAAUCGAUAGAAUGGAGGAUGAUAACGGGCUUGAGCUUAGCUUGGGUCUAUCAUGUGGUGCAUCAUCUGCCAAAUCCAAAGGCAAGCUUAGUAGCUCUUCGGAUACUAGGACAGAAGAAGGCGAUAGAGGGGUCAAGAUAAUGGAUAACUUCAAAAACUUUCUUCAACCUGGAGCAGAAAAACAUGACCCCGGUGUGGGUUCUCAGAAAAGUGAUCCAGCCAAGCCCUCGGAAAAUUUCUUUAAUGAUCUUUCCAAGGGUAAUGGUCAUGCAGAAGCUUCUGUUAACUUGAAUGGUAGAGGUCUCUGGGUUACGAACAGUAAUAGAUCUGCUGAUAUCGAGGAAGACAAAUGGUCAGAAUCGGGUAGUAAACGAAAGAUGUUGUUUAAUGAGAUAAACAAUCCGAAGAAGCUUGAAAGAGAAGCUCAUCAUACUGAUUUGCAUGAAAAGCCCAAACCAUCACAUAUCUCCAUAACAGAAGAUGGCUCCACUGCUGAGAAUGAAGAUGUUGCGGAGUCUGAAGUUGAGGGCUCCACCUCGAGGUUAGUUUCACAACAUGAUGAUGGGUCCAAGCGAUUUAUUGGAGUUAGUGGUUCCCCUGAGGUGUUCAAGGAAGUUAAGCUGGGAAACUUGACUUACGGUAACUCAUUCCCGAUGCAACCAGUCAAUGUCAUGAAUGCACCUUUCUCAUUGUCUACAAAGGAUUCUAACUCUGUUGGAAUCCCUAGUUCAUCAGGUCAUACACUACCCGGCAUGAUGCAGAUGAUGCCUACCGGGAAUAGCAAACAGUCUGGCACCCAGCCUGUGAAUCCUGGAAACUUACCAGUUAUGUUUGGGUACUUACCUGUCCAGCUUCCACUGUUGGACAAGGAUAAUCCUUGGGGGAUGGUAUCUCACCCUCCACAAUUCCCGCCUUCAUAUGCUGGUAGAAGUCCACCUAAUGCAGAUAAGCAUAGUGAUGGAAUGAAAACAUCACAAGCUUCCAUGCCUACAAUUGCACGCAAUCCCUCUGAGGCUGCACAAUAUGAUGGUAGGACAUUCGAACGAGUCAAAGGUGAAGGUAAACAGCAUGGCACAGAGGAAGGCUUCUCUACAUGCGCAGAGGACGAUGUUAAAGGAAGCAGCAUGAAUCUCCGAUCAAAUACUGCAUCUGAUCGUCCAACAGCUGAAGGCUUAACUCUUGAUUUUUCAGCCAUAAAGCCUGGGAUUGCUGCAGAUCUGAAAUUUGGUGGAUCUGGUUCUUACCCAAAUUUACCAUGGGUUUCAACCACGGGGACUGGUCCACACGGCAGAACUAUUUCCGGUGUUACUUACAGAUUCAGCGCUAAUCUGAUAAAGAUCGUUUGUGCUUGCCAUGGAACCCACAUGUCCCCCGAGGAGUUUGUUCGGCAUGCUAGUGAAGAGUGCACCAAUCCAGAUAAUAACAAUGGUUUAACGACAUUUCCAGGUACCAAUCCUGCUGCUUCUAGUCAGAGUUGAAGCGUAAAACAUUUUUUCAGUGUCGUAACAUAAAUUUACUUCCAGUCAAGUAUGACAUUGUUAUGGCCUUGAAUACACUGCUGGAUGGUUUAACGAAUUCCAGGUACCAAUCCUGCUACUUCUAGUCAGAGCUGAAGCGUAAAACAUUUCUUCAGUGUCGUAACAUAAAUUUACUUCCAGUCAAGUACGACAUUGUUAUGGCCUUCAAUACACUGCUGGGGGCCUUUCUUUUCUCCAGGACUUUAGUUCUUUGUUCCUGUUCCUGUUGUAUUAGCCUCUGGAGUUGACUACUGCAUUUGUAUGUAUGAAUUUCUAGUUUCCUUCUCUUGUCAAAUAGCAACGUUAAGCAUUUUUUUUCUGUAGUAACAGUUCCUCAAGAAAAUAAUUUUUCUUUUUGUUGUAUUUUAUUUGCCAGCAAUUUAAGCCUUAGAUUCGGACA